AAUUAUGCUGAAAAAACAGCCUUGUUCACCGGAAUAAAUUACAUUUUAAAAUAUAUUAAAAUAGGAAACGGUUAUUUAAAAGUGUAAUCAUAUUUUCGAUCAAAUAAAUAAAACAUAAGAAAAAAUAAAAUUGAUUUUAACAAAUAGAUACUGUGUUGUGUACCUUUUCAAAUGACAAACGACUGUAACAAUGUUGCUCUCAAUUCAAUUACAAAAGAAAGAAGAGCAAACGUGGAAGGGACCCCAAGAGAAAAGCAAAAGCUCCCUUAGAAGGAAAACAUCCAAGGAAAACCCUCAAUCAUCAAUGAUCCCCAUCCAGAGGGGACGCGGCUCAACCUGGACGAUGAAGAAGGAACCGAGAAACCAAAAGUUACCAUCAGACAGAGACGAGCACGAGCAGCUAAUCCACUUCCAGACCACCGCAGAGAGACGCUUCUCCACUGACCGAGCACGUGAAAUAAUCAAACGCAUUGUUGAUGAAAGACUCCAGACUGUGGAGUACAGCUGCGCAUGUGCGGUACUCUCCAUGGAACUGUCUGACUGCAUUAAAACGGCUUUAAAGAAGCUGCUGUAUGAUCGAUAUAAGUUGGUUUGCUAUGUGGCCAUCGGGCAGCUGAAGGACUCGGCGGUGAACUGCUCCAGUAGAGCCGUCUGGAGUCCCUCUACAGACACAUUCACUGAAUAUAUCUAUAAAAACAGCUCCUUAUUUGCGCUUUGCGUUUUGUUUGCAGUGUAGGAAGAGUAGGCUAGCAUAAAUAAAUAUCGAUCAAAUCGAUUAAUCGCUAAAAUAUA